UAUUUUUAGCACCCACACUUCAGAUCCUGUCUCUCUAAAAUUGAUCCUGAGAAUCUCGGAAACUUUUCUCUAACCGUUUUUUUUAUCCCUAUCUUCCUCUGUUUGAAAGAGAAACAAAAAUAAUGGCGGAUUCGGAAUACUUGGAUAAGAUGGUUUUGAAAGUGGACUUCUGCAACUGUUACUGCGGCUUGAGUCUUCUCAACUCUGCUGUUUCUCUCACAUAAAGCCGUCCUGUUGCUUAUAUAGAUAACGUGGUGUGCAUCUACAAGAGCAUGAAAGGGGCUUCUGGGGUCAACAAGUUUGCAAUACAAAGUGGAAGAUCAACUAAAGCCAUCAUGGAUCCAGAUAUGACGGUCAUGGCAUUUUUCUUCUCAGUGCCUUUUUUGUCUGGAUUACAUGGAAGGAGGAGUAAUGGAUGAAUUAUUUGGAGAUCUCAAAUGCAUGGUUUUCUUUGGGUGGGCUUGACCUGACUUGAGUUUAGAAAGACUAGAUCAGAUUUAAGCCUGAUAUUGCUAUUGGUGUAGAAGAAGGUCCUGCUGGUCAGUAGGUUUGCAUGCAAGUAAGCAUAGAAAGGGUAUGGAUAAUGAAGUUGUUGCAAGUCAAUCAGCAUCCAAGGCAAAGAAGCUACAAUGGACAUGUGUGAUGGAGAUGGUUUUAUUGGAGUUACUUGUUGAGCAAGUCCUCCUAUGUGGGAAGCCAGGAAGUGGUUUCAAAAACGAGCAGUGGACUCCUAUAGAGACCAAAUUUCGUGCCCGACUUGGAAUGAACUUGAGAAGAGAUAGUUUCAAGAAUAAACUAAAAACAUGGAAAAAUAAUUACAAGACAAUACAGGAAUUGAGGAAUCAAAUUGGCUUCAGUUGGGAUGACAAAAUUCAAAUGGUUGUAGCCGAUGAAGCUCUUUGGGAUGAGUAUUGUGCGAGCCAUCGAGAUGCAAGGCAAUUUAAAGGAAAAACCUUCCCUUAUUGGAGGGAACUGAGCAUUAUCAUUGGCAAUGAUAUGGCUGAAGGAGCCGGUGCUAGGACACCAAAACUGUUAGAGCUGGACCUUCCAGAUAGAAAUGAGGGACAUGGUGACACAGCAGUGGAUGUAGAUGCUGAUGGUGAUGAUGAGGAGGUGGGAGACGAUGAGGAAGUACUAGAGACACCUCGGCAGUCAAGGAGCAUAGGAAGGGGGGCUUAUAGACCCACAUGUACACCAUUAUCAUCUAAGAGGCCAAAGAAGAAAAAGAAAACCAUAGCCAAGGCAAUCCAGUCAAUGGCAAAUGCCAUGGCAACAAUUGGGGCUGCAAUUGAUAAAAGGAACGAAGCUAAAAAUCCAAAUAUCCAGAGAGUCUAUGAUACCAUUUCAAAGAUUGAAGGCCUCGAUCAAAGAGUCGUAAUACGAGCAUUAAAGGUAAUCACUGCUGAUGUCAAUGCCAGUGAGCUAUUCUUGACAAUGAAUGAGGAGCAAAGGGUCGUCUGGAUUGACAUGGAGUUUGCUCAGUGAGGCAGAUCAAGUUAUUGUGGACUUGGUCUUUUAUGUUGAUAUGGACAUUUGAACUAUGGACUCUUACUAAUCCAUGGUGGCUGAUCUGUAGAAUUUGUAACACCUUUAUGAGAUUUUUUUGGUAGUCGUGGCAUAUUGGUAUUCUUGAUA